CAGUAAUAAACCCAUCUCGCCCCGCCUCCUACGCGAGACCCAUAUGCGUAGCACGUAAACGCGCGCACCUGCAACGCAACACGAUCCCCUCUAGGCUCUAGCUCCCCGUUGUUCACCUGCCACAUCACAACUCGUGCCUGCCCGCCGCGGCCGCGUCACCAGUUGCGGCAAGAGAAGGAUGGCAACAACGGCCGCCUCCGCCUCCCCCGCCGCUCUCCGCGCCAAAACCCCGACCCCGCCCACGCACCCGGGCCCCAAACCCAGCCUCGCAUUCCCCUGGCCUUCCCCUCGGCCCUCCGCCCCCGCCUCCGCCUCCGGCAGGCUCCACGCCAGUCUCCACCUCGGCGGGGCCCGCGGCACGGGCACCGGCACGGGAAGCGCAAACGGGACCGGCCUCCACGUGCUGCACCCCGACCUCACGCCGCUGGCCGUGCCCAAGAUGGCCGGCGGCACGGGGGCCCAGAAGAGCAUCCUGCUUUACCACUGCGAGGAGAUGCGGGGUCUCGCGCAGCAGGUGGCCGCCCGGAACGACGACAUCGAGCUCUGCUCCAUCUCCUGGAGGACCUUUGCCGAUGGAUUCCCAAAUUUGUUUAUCACGAAUGCCCAGAGCAUCCGUGGACGACACGUCGCAUUCUUAGCAUCAUUUAGCUCGCCUGGUGUCAUAUUUGAGCAACUGUCGGUUAUAUAUGCUCUGCCGAAGCUGUUUAUUGCUUCAUUUACUCUUAUACUCCCAUUUUUCCCAACUGGGACUUCCGAGCGUAUGGAAGAUGAAGGAGAUGUUGCAACAGCCUUCACACUCGCUAGAAGCUUGUCACACAUACCAAUAUCAAGGGGCGGACCAACCAGUUUAGUGAUUUUUGAUAUUCAUGCUUUGCAGGAGAGAUUCUACUUUGGAGACGCAGUCUUACCAUGUUUUGAGAGUGGAAUCCCCUUGCUGAUAAGUAGGCUUCAGGAGCUACCUGAUUCUGAUAACAUAGUCAUAGCUUUUCCGGAUGAUGGCGCAUGGAAGCGCUUCCAUAAGCAACUUCAACAUUUUCCUACGAUUAUAUGCAACAAAGUUAGAGAAGGGGAUCAGAGAAUUGUGCGUAUAAAAGAGGGAGAUGCUAGAGGCCGUCAUGUUGUUAUAGUGGAUGACUUGGUGCAGUCUGGUGGUACUUUGAUUGAAUGCCAGAAAGUUUUGGCAGCUCAUGGAGCAGCAAAGGUUAGUGCGUAUGUAACACAUGGCAUUUUCCCCAACAAGUCAUGGGAGAAAUUUCAGCCUGAUAAUGGAGAGGGUCCGGAGCAUGCCCUGAGCCACUUUUGGAUCACCGAUUCGUGUCCUCUCACUGUCAAAGCGGUCAAGGACAGGCGGCCAUUUGAAGUUCUCAGUCUGGCAGAUUCUAUUGCUUCUGCUCUUCAGAUUUAGCAAAGCUAAUUUGAUCUGUUGGCCCCAGUGGGAUAUUUUUGUUCAUUCUUCUAGCACAUUUUCAGGCUCUCAAAUUUUAUUUCUUCCAUUCUUUUUGAAAUAGUUUCUUUCUCCCUCUAGAAAGGAUCUUCUGUAAUAUCUGUUCCUUUAAACUUAGAUAUCUUCACCUGAGGCGGUGUUCAAUGGAUUGGUGGAACGGCAAAAAACAUUAUUAGGAUAGUCUGCCUAAUAAUUUGGCUGGACAAGUCAAGUUACUGAGGCUGACCUUUGCGCGCUAUAAAUGUAAUCAUGGAAUAAGUUCAUUUGAGUUGUAGGCUUGCUUCUUUUUCUUCUCCA